AUGGGUUUACGGGGAUGCCUCGUGCGGGUGGGCCUGCUUGCCGUCGUUCUCUCCAUGAUUCAUUUCCAGCCUGCCUUCGCCGGUCGACUUCUCGUAGACGAUUCCAUAGCAGCCUCUCUCAGUGCUGAUAGCGAAGCUUCUCUAGCGGGAGCCGCUGAUGUUACCGUUGGAUCGGGAACGAGCGGUCCAGAGGCAGCGAGCGUGGUGCAGAGCGGUGCAGCGGACCCGUGCGCGCUGUGGAGUCAGGAUAUUGCCACGAAUGCAGCGAGCUGGGACGUUGCGAAGCCCUCUACAGUUCGCGAAUGCUUGCGAAACCUGAAGAUCAGAGAGAGUGACGUGGAAGAUCUUCGGUCAGUAGUCAACGGAGUCAACAACCACUACGUCUACAAGGACAUCGCCGUUGACUCGCCCGACCAGACGAACCUUCCCAGCAGCGUCGACAUCGUCGCGGAGCUGACGGUCAUUCUGCAGCGCGCCGAGCAGGGCGAAUACGAACGGCUGAUGGACGCCCACGUGGACACGUUCAACGCGAUCAACGGCCUGAACGACGGCCUGAACGCAGCAAGCAGCAGCGGCGGCGGCAACGGCGGCGGUGGCGGCGGCGGUGGAGGCAGCAAAGAGAGGGGUUUGGGGGAGGCUCUUCCUGUGUUCCAGCGGGAUGUGCUGAGGAGGCGACUCCAGUAUGGGCAACACCAGCAGCCCCACAGGCGCCAGUUGCAGCGGCAGUUGCAGGAGCAGCAGGCGGAGGGGCAAGAGGAGCAGGGGCAAGAGGCGCAGGGGCAAGAGGCGCAGGGGCAAGAGGCGCAGGGGCAAGAGGAGCAGGGGCAAGAGGCGGAGGGGCAAGAGGCGCAGGGGCAAGAGGCGCAGGGGCAAGAGGAGCAGGGGCAAGAGGAGCAGGGGCAAGGGGAGCAGGGGCAAGAGGAGCAGGGGCAAGAGGAGCAGGGGCAAGGGGAGCAGGGGCAAGGGGAGCAGGAGCAAGGGGAGCAGGGGCAAGAGCUGGAGGGGCAAGAGACAGAGGGGCAAGGGGAGCAGGGGCAAGAGGAGCAGGUGCAAGGGGAGCAGGGGCAAGAGGCGCAGGGGCAAGAGGAGCAGGGGCAAGGGGAGCAGGGGCAAGAGGAGCAGGGGCAAGGGGAGCAGGGGCAAGGGGCGGAGGGGCAAGAGGCGGAGGGGGAGGGGCAAGAGGCGCAGGGGCAAGAGGCACAGGGGCAAGAGACGGAGGGGCAACAGGGGGAGGAUCAACAGGGGGGUGGGGAAGAGGUGGGUGGGGAAGAGGUGGGUGGGGAAGAGGCGGGUGGGGAAGAGGCGGGUGGGGAAGAGGUGGGUGGGGAAGAGGCUGGUGGGGAAGAGGCGGGUGGGGAAGAGGCGGGUGGGGAAGAGGCAGGUGUGGAAGAUGGGGUUGGAGAAGACUCAGGUGGGGAAGAGACGGAUGGGCAAGGGGCGCCGGUGGUAAUCAUCUUCUAA